AUGGAUUUAUUCGCAACAUUGAACGUCGGUCAAGCCCAAGAUCAACAAGCGAUUGAGCAACUCAUGACUCUUCGAGACAAACGGUGGCUUGCAAGUCUUGGUCUUAAGAAUUCCUGUUUUGCAUCAUCUUUAAACGACUGUAUUGUACAAGAAGAGGGCGUGAAACAGGCCGACCCUAAUGUAGAAAUGGCAGCUUCGGAAGAAAAGUUAGUAGGUAUGGCUAUGAAAAUACCCACGGAGAAUGAACGACCAGUUCAUUUGACCAUGAGACUAAUUCGAGAAAGUAUUGCAUUGACAAAGAAUUUGACACGACGGACACGAAGUAUCAAAGAUGAAGACAAGGAGGUGAAAGCAAUUCUUAGCAAAAAGAUUUUACGACUGGAUUGGCUUGAUAUUGGCAGAAUUGAUAAUCUAGAUGCUUUUACUCACGUCGAGACGUUGUAUCUUCAGUAUAAUCUGAUUGAGACGAUCGAAAAUCUUGAGAAUCAUCAGCAGCUUUUGUUUCUUGCUCUUGCUGGAAAUCGCAUUCGUCGAGUUCGAAAUUUGAAAUGCUUGGUCAAUCUCAAAUUUCUAGACUUGUCAAUGAAUUAUAUUGACGAAAUCGACGUAAGCGAGUUUCCAGAAUCCCUUUGUGUUCUGCGACUGGCUGGCAAUCCGUAUAUCCAUCACACACCAGAUUACGCUAAUCUUUUUUUUGAAUUGCUUCCAAAUCUCGUGCAAAUUGACAACUUUCGACGAGAUACAUCGUCAGCACAGUCGACAAGCUCUACAAUCUCGUCAGCGUGUGCAGAUAUUAAGAGCGAAAGUUUAGACAAUAAUAUGGUGAUGUUGUCGCUUCCGCUAUCUCAAUCACCUAUAGAUCAUUGUUCUGCAUUGCAAGAUAACGUGGAAUUACUUCAUCAUGAUUCAUUCAAGCAAGAGACGCCAAACAUUGAACCUGAACAAAUUAUUGACAUGCAAUAUGAAAAACAGCAUGAAGAUCGAAUGUCGAAAUGGAAGCUGAAACUGGCAACUCAAACGUCACAGACACGACAACAGGUGAUCGAAAGUGACGAAUUGUUUCAACGCCUUGCAAGCUCGAAAUUUCAUGAAGAACGCACUCGUGCUUUAUCGCGUGCGCGACUCGCGACAAAUGCAGCACUUGCUGAUGCUUCUAGUCACUUGAAUCAGAUGGAAGUAGCGUAUCAAGAUUGGCAUCGAAGUCAUGAACAACUAACAUUUUCAUCAGUAAAGUAA